AUGUCUUUCAUCGGACCAGCAAGACCACCAGCAGCAUCGUCUAAUAGAGAUGAUGACGAUGAUAAAGAUAGAGAUAACAGUAAAUCUGUUGUAUUAGGCCCAUCACCUCCACCAAAGAGAGUGUUAGGUCCAAGUUUAGAUGAAGAUGAUAUUAAACCUAAACCACCACAACAACAACAACAACCAAGGAGAGUAAUGGGACCUACAUUAGAUGAUAAUAAUAAUAUUGAUAAUGAUAAUAAUAAAAAUAGUAAUAGUAAAUCUAUAGGUCCAGUAUUACCACCUAGGCAACAUCAACAACCAAAGAGAGUAAUGGGACCUAGAUUAGAUGAUGACGAUGAUGAUGACAAAGUUGUUAGUAGUAGUAGACCAAUAAUAGGACCUACUGUUGGACCACCAAGACCUGUUGUUGGACCACCAAGACCCACUACCUCUUCAAAUAAUUAUAAUGACGAUAGUAGUAGUAGUGAUGAUGAUGAUGAUAAUGAAGAAAGUAAAGAAGAUCAAUGGAAUAGAGUAAGAGGAAAUACAACACAACAGAAUCAACAACAACAACAACAACAACAACAACAACAAUCAUCAAGUGGUAGUGUUAGAGAAGAUUGGAUGAAAUCAUUACCAACUGAUAGAAAAGCAGGUUCACAAUUACAAAAUAGAAAAUUCAGUUUAAAUCAAAAUGUACAUAUAAAUGGUGGUGUCGACACAUCUGGUUGGACAGAGACACCGGAGGAAAGAGAAAGAAAACAAAGAGAAGCUAUGGCUGCUGCCGCAGAUGGUAAGAACGAUAGUAAGUCACUCACUUCCAAAGAGAUGUUUGCAUUGAAACGUGAAAAGGAAAUAGAAGAAUCAAUGUCGAGUUACAAUAAGAAGUAUCGAUCGGAAUCACUGUUGGAACAACACAAACGAAAGGAAAGAGAGCAAGAACAGCAACAACAAAAAGAUAAGAAACAACAAAAACAAUCACAUACAUGGGAUAGAGAUCGUGACAUGCAAGUGGGUGGUGUCGACCGUUCAAGACUAUCACAGAUCGUAUCGGAAUCCGGUCAAUUGAACACUCGAUUCAGUCAAAGUAAAACAACAGGAAAUAAAUAUUUAUAA